CCUACACAGCAAGUCUUCAUCUGCAUAUAAUCUCAUGAGGGAUACUGGGUUCCUGCGGCUGCCUCACCCUACAACGCUGCAUCCAUACAGCCACUUCGCAACUCCAACUUCAGGCUUCAACAGCGAUCUGGUGAAGAGAAUCAUGGAAGACCACAUCUCACAGGACAUGCCCGACCAUCAUCGAGAUAUUUCUGUCUUGUUUGAUAAAACGAAAAUUAAAGUCAGGCUUGGUUUAUUCACAGAGCACAGGUAAUGUUGUCGGAGCGGUAGAUGUGGGAAGCAUCGGAAACGAGGUCCUCGCAUUUGAGCGAAGGUGCAAGGGAGAGAAGGAAAUUCCCAUUGCGACACACGUGCUGGUCUUGAUGGCGAGGGGAAUUUUCACUGGCCUUCAUGCACCUGUGGGAUACUACCCUAGUGUUGGCAUUUCCAGUCACCAGCUGUAUCCUAGUCUACUUGAGGCCAUCGUGUUACUUGAGAAUGCUGGAUUUGUUGUACGGGCCUUCGUGCGUGAUGGUGCCUCCCCAACAGAAAAUAUUACCGGAUGAACAGGGACGCGGAUAACAACAGCAGUAUUGUUCAUUGUACGCGAAGUCCAGCAGAACCGUCAAGACACAUGUACUUCUUCUGCAACGUACCUCACCUGUUAAAGACCACCCGUAACAACCUCGAAAAUUCUGGGUACCACAAAAAGACUCGUCAUCUGCAUCUCAAAGGCCAAGACAUAUGGACGCAGCUGCUGUCUCUGUACGAGUGGGAUGUGGGGCUUGAGCGUACAUCUCCCGGUCUUCGAUGUUUACACAAACUGACAUAUGAGCAUCUUCACCUCACUCCUGCCCUGAGAAUGCAGGUGUACAUGGCUGUCCAGGUUCUCAGCACCAGUGUUGCAAACGCUAUGAAGGCACACGGAAAGCAUGACACAAGAUCAGCAGAGAUGUUCAUCUCCUACUUUGACAAGUUCUUCGAUUGUCUCAAUGUGUCUAACCCCCACGAUGGUGCUUUCAAACGUAAACCAGCUCUUGAACCAUAUAGGUCCUCGGACGAUUGGCGCUUUGAGUGGCUUCAGAAGGAUUUUGUUGGCUUCUUGAAGGAGUGGCAACAGGAGCUGGCCAGCAAUCCUCAUCUAGAUCCCAAGACGAGGUCCAAUAUGUGCCUGAGUAGAGAGACGUUAGAGGGCAUCAACAUAACCGUGAAUUCUUUCCUGAAACUCGCCCAACUGCUCCUUCAGUCUCCUGGUGUGGACUACUUGCUGAGUGAAAAGUUUAAUCAGGACCCUCUCGAGAUGCACUUUUCUAAGCACCGAGGGGCAGGAGGCUGCAGCGAUAAUCCAACAGUGGAGCAAGUGGGUUACAACAUGUUUUCCUUCUAUGUUGCUUCGAAGUGUCUGAAGGCUUCACGGAAAGCCAAUGUCCGACCUGUUGACACUGGAAAGCCAGUUCUGGACAGCACACAGCUUCCCAAAAGGCCCAAGCAUAAGUAGUCAUCAAACUCAUAAGUUAGGUCCAUGAGUUGGUCGAGACUUCAAAGUCAUUUGAGGCCAAAGUAAUCGACCUGAGCAAUAGAAAGCAAAUUGCCUACCGUUUCCAUUAUCUGGGAACUAUUGAAGAAAAUAGGCUAUUUUUGUCAUGUCACUGACAUUUUUAAUAAUUUACCUAUCGCCUGUUGCUAGUCAGCCCAACCCCCUUAGACAGGUUCUGUGGUUGGAAUCAGUGGCUUGCAGAACAUCUUGUUGACUUGCAUAUUGUGUAUCCAGGAAUAGCCCAUUUGGCCAACUGAAGUUAAACAAAGGCUGUAGUGAAUUCUAGCAGAAAUUGACUAAUGUCGAGAAAACAGUACAUAUGGUUUUUGUACAGGGAAGCUGGACAUGUCGCUCUAAAAAU